AUGGCGUCUAUUACAGUUAGUUGUAUUGGUACAAUUGCAAACUGUUCUUUGAAGGCGAUUCUUGAUCCUCCUCCUCCUCCUCCGCCGGUCACCAUCGGUGGUGGAUCUGUCUCUCAGCCACUCUCUCCUUUUUUGGUGCUCGUCUUCGCUGUUGUUGGGGGUACUUUUCUACUCCUUACCUACUACUCGGUCAUUCUGAAAUACUGUUCGUGUUUGAACCGUUGGAGGAGGAUAGUUCCACCACCCGAGCCAGAAAGUGUCCAGCAAGAUUUUCUUGAUGAGGAUCAGGGCCCCGUGAUUGACCACCCCAUCUGGUUCAUACGAACUGUGGGUCUCCCAGAAAAUAUCAUCAAUUCCAUCGAUGUCUUCAAGUAUCAGAAGGGAGUGGGCUUGGUUGAAGGGACUGAGUGCUCGGUUUGUCUCGGUGAGUUCCAAGAGGAUGAGACUUUGAGACUAUUACCCAAGUGCAGUCAUGCCUUUCACCUCCCCUGUAUUGAUACUUGGCUCAGAUCCCAUACUAAUUGUCCUCUCUGUCGUGCCCCAAUCGUGUCGAACCCCGCUGGUGCUGCGGGUGUGUCGACUGUAACAGAGAUGAACUCAAGCAAUUUGGGUACAGUUGACGAAACGCAGUUGGAUAAUUCAGAGAGAGAUGGUGCUUCAGGAAGCAAUCAGAGCGGUGAAGGUGGAUCAGAAAAUGAAGUUGAAUUAGUCGUCGUCGAUGGAACCAGGGCGGUUGAAAAGGAGGCUAUGACUGUUCUUUCGUCUCCUGCAACUUCUGGCCUCCAGGUGCUCGGCAGAGACUCGGGAGUUGAUCGUCAAGAGGAGGAAAGAAGCAACAUUCAGCCUGUAAGAAGGUCUUUUUCGAUGGGUUCUUUAGCCGCCGCGAUGGUCUGUUUCUCUGUGGCUAAUAUUCCACCGUCAGAAUCGGAAGGUAGUUCGUCGACCAAAGUCGUCCCAGUGAAGGAAACCAACUCGGGACUGGUUGUAAAGAGCCAAACUGAAAGUACAAGCAUAUUAAAGCUGAUGAGUAAUUCUUUCUCUGGGCAAGCUCUCAAGGCAGGACCCAUUGCCAUGAACAGAUCAGUUUCAACCAGUGCGAAGUACUUGUUGUCUAGACAUGGAGGAACCCAGAAUUCAAUUCUUCCUCUGUGAGGUCUUUUUCUCUUCUUUCCAACCUAUAUAUUUAGUUGCAGUGGAGAUGUCUGUAAGAACAAGAUAUCUCGGCUGCCCCCUCAACAAAUUGGGGUCCUCCCCUUGUUUUUUCAACAUACACAAUAAAGUCAUAAGCAGACGAACUUGUACAUAAGCGGAAGGAAGAUGAGAAUGACAAUCAGAGUGAACUCUUCGUGGGACAAAGAAUUUUGGCGUUUUACCUGAUGUUUCAAUUUCGUAAGGAGAACCAAGUUUGAUUUGCAGUCCCAAGUUAUUGUGGCAUUUAUUUAUGUAUCUACUGCAACAAAUCGAUUCCUGAUGUAAUUUUAUACAAUACAAAUUAUGUGUGAAUGCAUAAAUCAAG